ACUUCCCCAGACUCUUCUUUUACGUCGUCGUCUCCCCACUUCCCCAAAAACUCAACUCUUCGUCUCUGCACAAACCUCGCGCAAAAUUUCCCAUGUCCCUCAGACGAUCCGCGCCGUCCAUCUAUCAACGGCUCCAGAUCUCCCAGUUGUCCACAGCAGCCCAACCUGCCUCUUCUUCUUCGUCUACUUCAUCGCCGCUCUCUCUGAUCAGCAGCGUCUCGAGCUUUGACUCUAACUCUCGCGGAAACCCCCAGAAAUCGUACCUGAAAUGGAUCUCGGGAAUCGCGGCCGGGUCGGGCCUUGGGCUGCUGUACUGGUCGAAUCCGGAUUGGGACUUCUUCAAGAAGUCGUCGCUGGCUUUCGCCGACUGGUCAACGGGUUUGGAAGACCGGCCGCGGACGCGUGCUUUGCUGCGGAAACUUUCUUUGCCUGAAAUCAGGGCCAAGUUUCUCUUCGGAGAUGCCUUUCGGAGAAGGAUUUUCUUCAACUAUGAGAAGCGCAUGAGGUUGCGGAGUCCGCCUGAGAAGGUGUUCGAGUACUUUGCAUCUGCCUGUACAUCAGAGGGAGAAUUACUUAUGAGACCAGAAGAUCUCAUGAGGGCAGUGGUUCCUGUUUUCCCUCCAUCUGAAUCCAACCUUGUUAGAGACGGGUAUUUGAGAGGUGAAAGGAAUCCUGGCGAGUUGCGCUGUUCGCCGUCUGAUUUUUUCAUGCUUUUCGAUGUUAACAGUGACGGAUAUAUUUCCUUCAAAGAGUAUAUCUUCUUUGUAACAUUACUAAGCAUUCCAGAGUCCAGUUUCUAUGUGACAUUCAAAAUGUUUGAUACUGACGAUAGUGGAGAAAUUGACAAGGAAGAAUUCAAAAAAGUGAUGGCAUUGAUGCGAGCCUGCAACAGACAAGGUGCUCAACAAAGGGGUGGACUUCGAUUUGGACUAAAAGCUAGGGAUUCUGUAGAAAAUGGAGGGCUGGUGGAGUUCUUUUUUGGUGAAGAUGGGAACACUAGGCUUCAACUUGAUAAAUUUGUGAAGUUUUUGAGAGAUCUACAGAAUGAAAUGGUGAGGUUGGAGUUUUCCCACUACGACUAUAAAAUGCGAGGAACCAUGAUCGCAAAGGAUUUUGCAUUAUCAAUGGUUGCGUCCGCGGACAUGCAUCAUUUAAGCAGUUUGCUUGAUCGGGUCGAUGAAUUGGACCACAAUCCAGAUCUUAAAGAUACUUGCAUCUCAUUUGAGGAGUUCAAAAACUUCGCGGAGCUUCGGAAACAAUUGCAGCCGUUUUCUCUGGCCCUUUUUAGCUAUGGUAAAGCAAAUGGUAUGUUAACACGGGAGGAUUUCAAGCGAGCUGCAUUUCAUGUAUGUGACAUAGCUCUCAGUGACAAUGUGGUUGAAAUCAUCUUUCAUGUAUUUGAUUCUAAUCGAGAUGGACAUUUAAGCUUGGAUGAGUUUGUCACUGUUCUACACCAACGCCAAAAGGACAUUGCUCAACAUGUGGAGACGGGAAUCAUGGUUCUUGACUAACUCUACCUGUUUACGUGGAUUUGCAGUUCACGCUAGGAUGCUGAAUCGGUUUUGGUUGUAAAUCUGAAAAUGUAACCUGUAAGUAGUCUUUGAUUAAGUUAUAGCUCUUAACUACUGCUAUAAUCUGCACACCGGCAAAUCUCCAGCGAGUCUCCCCCUUUUUAGUGUAGAAACCUGGAGUUCCAUUUUGUGUGGUGUGCAUGAAGAAUGUAGUUGAACCGGGGAAGGCUUUUUUGUUAUAUAGCUGGCUCCUGAAUAAGAGAAACUCGGAUUUGAUACGAAUUACAUAUUGAUUUGUGUUUCUAUGAAUGUUGGGUUUAGUUUAG